AUGACAGACAUUAAGCUGUCUUGUUCAUCUCCUUCAUCGCCGGAUGAUGAUGAUAACUUUGAAAGAGACCUGCAGGAGAUGCUGGAGGAUGGGCCCAGUUUAAAUGAAGUGACAUCAAAUGUCCAGGGAGGAACACCCAACUCCGUGUCAGCAACAUUUGCCGAACAAGUUGGUCCCUUCUCUGCUGGAGCAAACCCGGCUGGGAUCACAUCAACCAGUGGAAGUGCGGGUAUUUAUGGAUCUAGUUCUGCGGGCGCUAGGCUGACACGCAGCUAUACUGUCCCUGCAUCAACCAGCGUUCCUCUGUAUGGCUCCGGCAACUCUGGGUCUAACAGUACAGGCAAUAGCCCUAAUGGAGACUUUAUCCCAAAGUCUGUCAGCCUGGUAGCUCAGAAUAAGAUAGAGAUUAUCAAGGAAUGGAGCCUGAACACAUACAAAACAACCAGGCAGUUUAUUUCUGAACGGCUCGGCCGGGGAUCCAGAACAGUUGAUUUGGAAAUGGAAGCCAACAUCGAAUCACUGAGGGAUGUUCAACGGAAGUAUACCAACAUCCUGAGAAUGGCCCGGGCAAUGGCUUCGCAUUUCCACAACGUUGUUCAGACGCAAAGAGCUUUGGGGGAGAGCUUCUCAGAGCUGGCUCAGAAGUCCCCGGAGCUUCAGGAGGAGUUUUUGUUUAACUGUGAAACUCAGCGAACAUUGGUCAAAAAUGGAGAGAUUCUCUUAGGUGCCCUGAAUUUCUUUGUGUCGUCUGUGAACACCUUGGUCAACAAAACAAUCGAAGACACCCUGCUGACAGUCAAGAACUACGAAGGAGCUAGGUUGGAGUUUGACGCAUACAGAACAGAUUAUGAAAGCCUGGAGGCAGGCCCAAAAGAUGCAGCAGUUCAGUUAAGGCUGCAGAGUGCCAAGAGAAAGUUUGAGGAGCACAAGUUGAAAUUUGAGCGACUACGGGGAGACGUACAGGUUAAAAUCAGAUUUCUGGAUGAGAACAGGGUGAAGGUUAUGCGCAAACAACUGCUGCUUUUCCACAACGCAAUCUCUGCCUACUUCAGUGGCAACGCCACAGCCCUGGAGCUAACCCUGAAACAGUUCAACAUACAGCUGAAACGUCCAAACGCAGACAAACCCUCCUGGAUAGAGUCUUGA